AUGGAGCUGAGCUCUGGGCUCUUCAUCUGCUUUCUGCUCUGGGGAGGCAUGAAGCUAUGCUACCCUCAGCCCCUCUGGCACUCUCAGGGUGAAAGCUUCCCCUCUGCGAUGCCCUCUGCAAUGCCCUCUGUGAUGCCCUCUGCAAAACCAGUGGUUGUGGAGUGUCUGGAGGCCCAGCUCGUGGUCACUGUCAGCAAAGACCUUUUUGGUACCGGGAAGCUCAUCAGGCCUGCUGACCUCAGCCUGGGUCCUGAAGGCUGUGAGCCUCUGCUCUCCAUGGAAACGGAUGAUGUGGUCAAGUUCAGGGUUGGGCUGCAUGAGUGCGGCAACAGUGUGCAGGUGACCGACGAUGCCCUGGUAUACAGCACCUUCCUGCUGCACGACCCCCGCCCUGUGGGAAACCUGUUCAUCCUGAGGACGAACCGUGCUGAGGUUCCCAUCGAGUGCCGCUACCCCAGGCAGGGCAAUGUGAGCAGCCGGGCCAUUCUGCCCACCUGGGUGCCCUUCAGUACCACGGUACUCUCGGAGGAGAAGCUGGCUUUCUCUCUGCGCCUGAUGGAGGAGAACUGGAGCAAGGAGAAGAUGUCCCCUACCUUCCACCUGGGAGAUACAGCCCACCUCCAGGCAGAAGUCCAUGCUGGCAGCCACGUGUCACUGCGGCUGUUCGUGGACCACUGUGUGGCCACGCCAACGCCAGACCAGAACACCUUCCCUUAUCACUCCAUUGUGGACCUCCACGGCUGUCUUGUCGACGGUCUCUCUGAUGCCUCUUCUGCAUUCAAGACCCCAAGACCCAGGCCGAAUACCCUGCAGUUCACAGUGGAUGUGUUUCACUUUGCUAAUGACUCCAGAAACAUGGUAUAUAUCACCUGCCAUCUGAAGGUUACUCCAGCUGACCAAGCCCCGGACAAACUCAACAAAGCCUGUUCCUUCAGCAAGUCUUCCAAUAGCUGGUCCCCAGUAGAAGGCACUGCUGACAUCUGUGAAUGCUGUAAUGGGGGUGACUGUGGCCUUCCAAGCUAUUCCAGGAGGCAGCCUGUUACGAGCCAGUGGUCCAAAUUUUCCCGCAGCCGCAGGCACGCAACAGAAGAAGCAGAUGUCACUGUGGGACCACUGAUCUUCCUGGGAAGGGCUGGUGACCAUGACAUGGAAGGGUGGACCUCUCCUGCUCACACCUCCAUGGCAUUGGGCUUAGGCUUGGCCAUGGUUGCGUUCCUGACUCUGGCUGCUGUGGUUCUGGGUCUCUCCAGGAAAUGGCACGCUGCUUCCCACCCUGUGUCCGCUUCCCAAUAA